AAAAAAAAAAAAAAAAAAAAAAAAAAAAAAAAAAAACGAAAUGGAUCCAAGCUGAUGAAUGAACCCAAACCCAGCAAACAGGGGGAAAAAAAUGCUCCCUUUUCUCCUCCUCCUCCUCCUCUUCACUCUCGCAUCAACUCAACCCUUAACCUCAACAACCGAAUUAACCGCUCUCUACAGUCUCCGGUCAACUCUCGGCCUCCGGUCGAGGGACUGGCCGAGGAAAACCGACCCGUGUUCGGCCUGGAGAGGAGUCACGUGCCGCUCGGGCCACGUCAUCGGGUUAAACCUCUCCGGUCUCCGACGAACCCGACUCGGCCGUACCAACCCUAGGUUCGACGUCGACGGUCUAAAAAAGCUCUCGCGCCUUGAAUUUUUCAAUUCGACAGGGUUCGCGCUUCCCGGUCCGGUCCCGGUCUGGUUCGGUUCGGAGCUUUCUCGGUCAUUUGCUGUGCUUGUUCUUCGGUCUGCGAGGAUUAACGGGUCGAUUCCGUACAGUCUGGGACUGCUGGGUAACUUAUCGGUUCUUGAUUUGUCCGGAAAUUUGAUUUCUGGGUUCAUUCCGACGUCCGUUGGCAUUUUAACGAAGUUGGAAACGCUAAUUUUAUCGAAUAAUGAGCUUAUUGGUUCUGUUCCGGCUCAGCUUGAAGAUUUGCACGGGUUGAAGGAUCUGAACUUGAGUCGAAAUGAAUUGUCAGGUUUGGUUCCGGAUUUUAUAUGGUCUUUAGGAUUGCAGAUAAUUGAUGUUUCAUCGAAUAAUUUUACUGGGGUUUUGCCGGAUUCAGUUCAGACUGGUUCUAAUCCUAAUGUGAGCACUGCAGUGUUCAAUUUGUCGAGUAACUUGUACUUUGGAUCGGUUUCCGUUGGGUUUCAGAUGUUUUUGCAGAGAUUUGGUGUUGUUGAUUUAUCGUCGAAUUAUUUUCAAGGCACUGUUGCAUUGGAUGAUAAGAGUAGGAAUCAAUCUGUUGGAUUGAAUUGCUUUAGAAACGAGCCGAAUCAGAGAAACCCAAUUGAUUGCAAGGGUUUCUACAAAGAAAGAGGGAUUGCUUAUGAUGGCCCUUCAACUCCACCUCCGAGUUCUUCUUCCAAUGGGAAGAAGAAAAGCCAGCUAUGGAAGUACAUUUUGGCUGGGGUCUUGGGGUUUCUUGGUCUGUCAAUUAUAUUGCUUCUAUUCAUUGCAGUUUACUUAAUGAGGGCUGGAGCUCGAACUGCUGAUCAACGAGGGAUCGGUAUCGGACCCGUGUCUUCUGAAAUAACCCCGCCGCCACCUUCUAGGGCUCUUUCAGAGAACAAGAGUAAUAACAGAGAAGUAUUUAGCUAUGACAAAUUGAUUCUUGCAACAUCAGAAUUUAGCGAUACAAACCUUAUCAAGAAAGGGCACUCUGGUGAUCUCUACAGCGGUGUUCUUGAAAGUGGGUUUUCGAUUGUAGUGAAGAGGAUUGAUCUGGCGACCGUUAAGCAUGAUGGGUAUGUAGCAGAAGUGGAUUUAUUGGCAAAGGCUUCACAUACGAGAUUGGUUCCAUUUCUUGGGCAGUGUUCGGAGAAGGAAAAUGAGAGGUUUUUAGUUUAUAAGUAUAUGCCGCAUAGGGACCUGGCUAGUUCAUUGUAUAAGGAGAUUAAGUCGGAAGAAGAGGAGUUGGCGUCAUUGGAUUGGAUUACAAGAUUAAAGAUUGCAGUUGGGGUGGCUGAGGCUCUUUGUUUUCUGCAUCAUGAGUGCAAUCCACCACUGGUGCAUAGAGAUGUACAAGCAAGCAGUAUUCUUCUGGAUGACAAAUUUGAAGUCUCUCUAGGAAGUUUAAGUGAGGUCUGUGCUCAAGAAGGUGAUGGAUAUCAGAAUGUCUUCACUAGGUUCUUGCGAAGAUCACAGAAACCUGACCACAGGACAUCUGAUCAAGGCACUUCUGGUUCUCCAGCACCAACAUGCGCCUAUGACAUAUACUGCUUUGGUAAAGUCCUACUCGAGCUAGUCACAGGCAAGCUAGGCCUCAGUGGAUCCAACGACUCCACGACAAUUGAUUGGCUCAACCACACACUUCAAUGCAUCAGCUUAUACGACAAAGAAACUCUUACAAAAAUCAUAGACCCUUCCCUCGUCUUAGAUGAGGACCUCACCCAAGAGGUAUUUGCGACAGCAUACAUAGCAAAAACUUGCUUAGAUCCAAAACCAUCUAGACGUCCUUUAGCAAGAUACGUACUCAAAGCUUUAGAGAAUCCUUUAAAGCUAAUGAGAUUGUAUAGCUGUUCGAAUUCAAAUUCUGUUCGUUUGAGAAGUACAUCAUCUUGGGCUUCAUGGAAUGGGGCCUUUUUUGGAAGCUGGCGUCAGAGUUCGUCAGACGUAACAUUGAGGAGGUCUUGUACUGUGAGGUCACAGGAGAGUUUGGGUGAGUGCUCUUUUUCGAGAAAGAGACAUUCGACUGAGAUUUUUCCUGAGCCUUUAGGUAAUGCUUUUGGCGAUGAGGACUUGAGAGAGAGAAAUUGAUUCUUUGGUGCAGUUUUCUCACCGGUGAAAUCUCAGGCUAGAAUUGUACAUUGUGUGACUUAUAUCUGAUUGUUCUGGUUUGCUUGCUGGUUGCUGUAAACGGAUCAUUGAGUGAGGUUUUCGUGCCUCUUUCCACAGGAAAAUUUGGAUGGAAUAUAGAGUAUAUGUCUCAUCUUUGGUUUUA